AUGUCAGUCUCAGCGGCUCUUAAGGCUAGAGUCAGAAGACCGAGCUAUUUGAAGAAGAUUGCAAAGGCCGAGGAUUUACUGCACCAUUUUCCUAAUGGCGCGUAUGUGGGUUGGUCAGGGUUCACGGGUGUUGGGUAUCCUAAAAAGAUUCCAACAGCCCUAGCCGAUCAUGUCGAGAAGAACAAUCUCCAGGGCCAGCUCAAGUACAACCUCUUCGUCGGCGCGUCGUCCGGCGCGGAGACGGAGAACCGAUGGGCGAGGCUGAAUAUGAUUGAGCGACGCUCGCCGCAUCAGGUGGGCAAGGAAAUUGCAAAGGGUAUUAAUAAUGGCAAUAUCAAGUUCUUUGAUAAGCAUUUGAGUAUGUUUCCAGUGGAUUUGAUGUAUGGCACAUGUCAAGAGGACGAGAUGUUGACGAAAAGCAGUUUCUACACAUUAAACAAGCCGGAGAAAAACAACAGGCUGGAUGUUACUAUUGUCGAAGCCUCCGCCAUCACCGAAGACGGCGGCAUCAUUCCCGGUGCCAGCGUCGGUGCGUCCCCAGAACUCAUCCAAAUGGCAGACAAAAUCAUCAUCGAAGUCAACACCGCUGCACCAUCCUUCGAGGGCUUGCACGACAUCACCAUGACGGAUCUGCCGCCGCGUCGGAAGCCGUAUCUCAUCAUGUCGCCGGAGGACCGCAUUGGCACGCCGCACAUCCCCAUCGACCCGGAGCGCGUGGUUGCGAUUGUCGAGAGUGAUUAUCCGGAUCAGACACAGCCGAACGCACCAGAGGACGACACAUCUCGCGCGAUUGCGAGUAACUUGAUUGAGUUUUUGAAGCAUGAAGUCAAUCACGGACGACUACCGCAGAACCUCCUACCUAUUCAAUCCGGUAUUGGAAACAUUGCCAACGCCGUCGUCGGCGGUCUCGCAUCUGGCGGCGCAAACUUCAAAAACCUCAAGGUCUGGACCGAAGUCCUACAAGACUCCUUCCUCGACCUGUUCGACAGCGGAAACCUCGACUUCGCAACCGCAACGUCCAUCCGCUUCUCACCCGACGGCUUCGAGCGCUUCUACGCCAACUGGGACAAGUACGCGCCCAAACUCCUCCUGCGCUCGCAGCAGGUCUCAAACAGCCCGGAGAUCAUCCGCCGCCUGGGCGUCAUCGGCAUGAACACGCCCGUCGAAGUCGACAUCUACGCGCACGCAAACUCGACCUGCGUCAUGGGCAGCCGCAUGCUCAACGGCCUGGGCGGCAGCGCAGACUUCCUGCGCUCCGCAAAGUACUCCAUCAUGCACACGCCGUCGACGCGCCCCUCGAAGACCGACCCCACAGGCGUGUCCUGCAUCGUGCCCAUGUGCACGCACAUUGACCAGACAGAACACGACCUCGACGUCAUCGUCACCGAACAGGGAUUGGCAGACGUGCGCGGCCUCAGCCCCCGAGAACGUGCGAGGGUGAUUAUCAACAAGUGCGCGCACCCAGAUUACGUGCCGAUUCUGACGGAUUACUUUGACAAGGCGGAGUUUGAGUGUCUGCGGAAGGGCUGGGGACAUGAGCCGCAUUUGCUGUGGAAUAGCUUUGAUAUGCACAAGCAUCUGAAUGAUCAUGGGACGAUGAAGUUGCCCAAGUGGGAUUAUUCAAAGUCGGUGUAA